AUGACCACGGCUGACGAGUACAAAGCAGAAGGAAACAAAUACUUUGCUGCAAAAGAGUUUGAAAAGGCAAUUGAGUCGUUCACAAAGGCGAUCGAAGCCUCUCCAGAACCAAAUCAUGUUCUCUACUCCAACCGUUCUGGAUCAUACGCUUCUUUGAAAGAGUAUGAUCAAGCAUUGAAAGACGCAGAGGAAUGUGUCAAAAUCAACCCUUCAUGGGCCAAAGGUUACAAUAGAAUUGGUGGGGCUCAAUUUGGUUUAGGAAACUUGGAGGAUGCACAAAAGGCUUAUGAAAAAUGUUUAUCAUUGGACUCCAACAAUGCUCAAGCUAAAGAAGGGUUGAAGUCUGUCGAAAAUGCUAUUAAAGCACGUAAUGCCAGUGGUGAUAUGGGGUUGGGUGCCAUCUUCAAUGAUCCGAAUUUGAUCACGAAGUUGAAGAGCAACCCAAAGACCAGUGAGUUAAUGAAGGAUCCUGAUUUGGUUGCUAAAGUUUUGCAAAUCCAAGCCAACCCUAAAACAAAUGCCACCCAGCUUUUGUCUGACCCAAGAUUGAUGACUAUCAUGGCAACAUUGAUGGGUAUAGACAUGGAUUUUCCAGCUGAUGCAGGCAACUCUUCAUCUCAAGGUGGAAACGAGUCUGCAGCUGCACCAAAGCAAGAAGAGGAAAAGAAGGAAGAACCAAAGGCCACACAAGAUAACACAAAGGAAUCCAAAGAGACAAAAGUUGACAAUGAGGGAGAUGUUGAAAUGAAAGAUGCAGAACAAGGUGAUAAAGAAGCUGCAGACAAAGCGAAAGCAGAGGGUAACACAUUUUAUAAACAGCGCAAGUUUGACGAGGCAAUUUCCGCAUACGACAAGGCUUGGGACUUGCAUAAAGACAUCACCUACUUGAAUAACCGUGCUGCUGCUGAAUACGAAAAGGGGGAUUAUGAUGCUGCUAUUGCUACAUGCAAUAAAGCAGUUGAUGAAGGAAGGGACAUGCGGGCCGAUUAUAAAUUGAUUGCUAAAUCGUUUGCAAGAUUGGGAAACAUAUAUUUGAAGAAGGAUGAACUAGAACAAGCAGUCAAAUAUUUCGAUAAAUCAUUGACUGAACAUCGUACACCAGAUGUUUUGAACAAGUUGAGAAGCACACAAAGAGAAAUUAAAACAAGAGAAGCCAAGGCUUACAUUAACCCAGAGAAGGCUGAAGAAGCUCGUUUGGAAGGAAAGGAAUACUUUACCAACGGUGACUGGCCGAAUGCAGUCAAGGCAUAUGGUGAAAUGAUCAAGAGAGCUCCAGAAGAUCCAAGAGGGUACUCAAACAGGGCUGCAGCAUUGAUCAAGUUGCUUUCAUUCCCUGAUGCAGUGAGAGACUGUGAUGUUGCCAUCGAGAAAGAUCCGGAUUUCAUCAGAGCAUACAUCAGGAAAGCUAAUGCUCAAUUAUUGAUGAAGGAAUACAGUCACUGUAUGGAGACUCUUAAUCAAGCCCGUGAAAAGGAUUCGAAAUUAGGCGGCAAGAAUUUGCAUGAAAUUGAUCAGUUAUUCGGCAAGGCCAGCACGCAAAGAUUCCAAGCUAUCGAUGGCGAAACUCCAGAGCAAACAAUGGAGAGAGUUUCUAAAGAUCCUGAAAUUGUGCAAAUAUUGCAAGACCCGGUAAUGCAAGGUAUUUUGUCACAAGCUAGAGAUAAUCCAGCCGCGUUACAAGAACACAUGAAGAACCCAGAGGUUGCAAAGAAGGUUAACAUGUUGAUUGCGGCGGGAGUUAUCCGUACUAGAUAG